AUGAAGGAUUCUCCUAAUACAUUAGGAAUUGGUAGCAAAUACAAGUUUAAUCAACAAUAUUCUAGAAAUGCAUUAGUUAGCAUGAUUGUUAAUCAUGAGUAUCCUCUUGCUAUGGUUGAUCAUAUUGGAUUUAAGAGAUACUCUAAUAGUUUAAAUCCUGAUUUUAAAGUGAUCUCAAGAAACACAGUAAAAGCCGAUAUAUUUAGGGAAUACAAUGAAGAAUGGCAUUGGUUAGAAAAAGUUUUAGCGAGGAACAAAUCUAGGAUUGCUUUCACAAGCGACAUAUGGACUUACACUAAUCAAAGAAAAGGGUUUCUUUAUUUACCAUGCCCACACAACAAGUACACAAUAAGCAAGAUCUUAGUUGAAUGCUUGAAAAGUUUUAAUUUGGAUGAAAAUAUUUCUACCAUUACCCUUGAUAAUUGCACAACAAAUGAUGUUGUAGUAGAUGUUUUGCUUGAGAAGCUUCAACCUUCUAGCUUAUGUUAUGGUUUAGAAAUAAUUAGUGGUGCAAUUGAAAAAGUCCGAAGUGUAGUUGUCUUUUGCACUUCAUCGCCAAAUAGAUAUGAGAAGUUUGAAGAUGCUUGUAAUUAUUGUAAAACUCCUAUUACUAAAAAACUACAACUAGAUUGUAAGACUAGAUGGAAUUCAUGUUCUGAUAUGUUGCAAAUUGCUCUUUUAUAUAAAGAUGCAUUUACUAGGUUGGAAUCCAAGGUUGGAAAAAGUGAAAAAGAAAAGUUUAGGUUACCGAGUAAAGAAGAGUGGAAAAUGGCAAGUGACAUUUGUGAUAAAUUGACGUUGUUUAGUAGGACAACUGAGGCUUUUUCCUAUACUGCUAAAUUAGAAUGUGAAAGGAUUGGAAGGAUUUUGAAGGAUUUGGUUAAUGAAUAUGAAACGCAUGUUUCUAGCCAACCAAAUAAAAAGCCACGCAAAUGUGAAUUAGAUAUAUAUUUAGAUGAGGAAAGACUCGUGGUGGAUAAAAACAAAUUCAACUUGUUGGCAUGGUGGAAUGCGGAAUCAAGUAAGUUUCCUACACUUUCUAAGAUUGCUAGAGACAUACUUGCAAUGCCUAUUUCAACUGUUGCUUCUGAGAGUGCUUUUAGCACUAGUGACGCUAAAGCAAAUCCCCUUCAAUAUGCACCAAUUUUCGAAGACGAGGAUGUAGAAGAUAUAGAAGAAGAAUGA